AUGAAGACUUUGUGUUUUCUUCUCCUGUCUGCUCUGCCCAACGUGGUAUUUGCUGAUGGUUUCGUGGCAAGACGCCAGGGGGCAGAGUUCAACUUGCACGUUCGUCAUGACGACGAUGCUUUGGAUCAUCCAGCAAGGCUCUCGAAGAGAGCUUCUUGCGGCAAGGAUGUUGGCUCUUGUCCCAAGGGACAAUGUUGCUCUGAGUCUGGCAACUGUGGCACUACUUCUGCGUAUUGCACUUCACCACAAUGCCAGAUGUCCUACAGCAAUGGCAACUGUGAUGGCAGUAAGAAGCCCAAGGGGGAGACUACAGCGAACAUUCCCAGAUCAACUUCUGGCAAAGCCCCGUAUAAUAUCUACAUCACCAAUUGCACCAAUCCUGGGACUGUUGCCCUCACUUUCGAUGAUGGCCCUUACAAGUAUACUGGUCAGGUUCUAGACGUCCUCAAGAAAAAUAACAUCAAAGCGACUUUCUUCAUCACUGGCAACAAUCUAGGAAAAGGUCAGAUCGAUGAUCCUUCCACGCCUUGGCCCAAGAUCCUCCGUCGUAUGCAUUCUGAAGGCCAUCAGCUCGCCUCUCAUAGCUGGUCACAUGAGGAUCUCUCAGCUGCAUCAGACGAGCUCCGUAAACAACAGAUCAUCUACAACGAGAUGGCCUUCCGCAAUGUCCUUGGUUUCUUCCCCAAGUAUUUGCGUCCUCCUUAUGGAACUUGCACACGGGUUUCUAGUUGUCUUGACUACGUGACUAAACUUGGUUACCACGUCGUGAACUGGAAUCUUGACACCAAGGACUACCUGAACGACUCGCCAGUCAAGAUCCAAACCAGCAAAAACACUUUCUCGGACGGAGUGUCUACUAAUUCAAAGUCACAUAGCUACAUCGAGUUGAGCCAUGAUACGCAUGAGCAGACAGCCUAUAACUUGACUGCUUUCAUGAUCAAGACUCUCAAGGCUAGAGGUUACCGUGCUGUCCCUGUCGGAGAGUGUCUUGGAGAUGCCCCAGAGAAUUGGUAUGUCGAUGCCAAGGGUACAAAGUCCGGUACGUCCAAACUCCGAGAAAGGGACGCCUAUAAGCCUUCGCCAUACUACCCCCCACCUCCCCCUUCUCCUUCAGGGGUAACCAGAGAUGGUACCUGUGGUGCCAAGAACGGUCUCAAGUGCAAGGGAUCCAAAUGGGGAGACUGUUGUUCCUACAACAACUUCUGUGGUUCAACAUCAGCCUACUGUGACGGCGGAUGUCAAUCCCAGUAUGGAAAGUGCAACAAGUUGAAGGCCAACGACCGGCUCAUUAUCUCGGAUAAUGGACUCUGCGGUGAGAAGUAUCACCAGACAUGCAAGGGCUCUCGUUAUGGCAACUGCUGCUCCAAGAAUGGCAAUUGUGGUAAGACGAGCGCAUACUGUGGAAGCGGGUGUCAGAGUGGCUUCGGACAGUGCUCCUAUUCUUGA